CAGAGCACUCGUGCCUCCGGUGCACGCUUCAGGCAGAGGAAACUCUCGACCAAGCAUCCGCUACAGGUCGUCAAGGAGAAUGAAAUAGAGACCUUUGCCAUCGAUGAGGACCCUCAACGCCACAUACCUCAUGUUGAGACUGGUGUAGAAAAGGCAGAGGAGACAGAACACCAUCUCCAGGCUGUUAUUUCUGCCUCUGCCGCCGCGUCACUAGGUGCCAAAGUCAACCAAGUCUAUAUUCCAACUCCAGAGACAAAAUCGAGUGGUAUUCCAUAUGAUCAGUUGUAUCCACGACAUUUUGCUGAACCUGCGACCUACAUUCGAUUCAGUUCAACGGUUGAGGACUGCAUCGGACAUCAGUACAAUAUCGACGACGAGGAUGAUGUCUUCUUGCUGAACUUCAACUCAUCAAAAAAAGACGAUGAGAAGCUCUCGGAAGAUCUCUUCGAAGAGCUGAUGAGCUUCUUUGAGCUCAAGUCUGACAAGAAUCAUCCUUUCGCCAAUAUUUCCAACGCUCCGAUUCUGACACUCGAAGAAGCCGAAAGCUACUAUGACGACCCAGAAGAUGAGACAAACCUUUCUGUAGAAGCUCGAAAGUGGGCCAAGGAUGUGUACGAACACUGGCGUUCGAGAAGAGCGCAAAAUGGCAAUCGCUCGCUUUUGUCAAGCCUCAAGUUCGAGACUGGAGCCGAUACUGACGACAACGACGCCUACGUUUGUUUCAGACGUCGCGAAGUACGACAGGCUCGCAAGACCAGAGGUAGAGAUGCUCAGGUGACUGAGAAGCUCAAGAAGCUGAGGAGAGAGCUUGAGGAUGCAAGACAGCUUCUCAUAUCUGUCAAUCAGCGCGAGCGUUUGAUCAAGCAGAGGAUAGAGACAGAACGCAAAGUGUUCGAACAACGCAGUGAGUUGAAGAAGGUCAAGGUGGCGCAAGGAAUCAAGGGUGAAAAGGGAGAAGACGAGGAACUCCUUGUCAACCAAAGACCCACACCAAAGCCCAGACCAACGAAGGCCGAUGGACAAAGGCCCACAACACUGCGUCUCCCUGGCACGAGGGCAGAGGCAGUCCGAGCAGCGCCGGAGAACGAUCUUGUGCAACUGUCAGACAUCCAGGAAGAGGCAGCCGCGGCGAUCCAGCGAUCAGUCGAAGAAAAGAUUGGCCAGCAUCGCAAGUGGAACAAAGAUUGGGUCGACAAUACUUGGGGACCAAUCACACCGCCAGCCGAGCCUUCUUCAGCGUCUGGAUAUCUGCCACGCAUUGAAGAGGUUCAACUGCCAACGCCGCCAGCAUCUUUGCAUUCAGAAACAUCACAAGAUCAUGUCAAGGAUGUUGAGAUGAAAGACGCAGACUUACCUACACCAGUCAGCGCUGCGCAAGAACAACCACCUCGUACCAUGUUCCGCUUCAACUCGCCGCCACCCGAGGCAGGAUACGAAAGACCUGCGUACAGGCGACGAUUUGGUCGUAAUGGUCGACUGUAUAUUGAACAACGCAAGCCGCGCAUGUUUGUUCAGAGCAAAGGCGUGAUAGGCGACUCCGAUGAUGAAAGUGAUGGCGAGACGGUCGUAUAUCCUAUGGAUUGCUACGACACUCUGGGCAUCAGCUAUCGGGCUAGCAUC